GUCCUCUGGAUAGUACGUUGUACAACAGGAGAUGUUACUAUGGAUAUAUACAACGGUAUUUAUUUGUGCGGUAUUUAAUACAGUCGUUAUCGACGCCGCUCAGAAGAAGAAUAAAUUUAAUCUACGGGCGUUCAAACGAGCUCCUCCUAGGAGACAGAACGACCCAGGCCCAGAUGGUCCAGGAGAUUGUAGGGCAAGAUAUCUGAGUGGUAACCCACACACUAACGAUACUGUGAGCAAAUGCAAGUACUAUGAAUGUAACGGAGGAGUAUACACAAAAGUCAAUUGUCAAAAUGGAUUGGAAGUGUUUGGUGAUCUGAGAAAAAUGUGGAAAGAGGACCGGAGCGGUACAGAUGUAUAUCCCUGUGUGAAACACAGUGUGAGCUGUAAGAGAAAAAUCGCUGGCGAGGAAAGAGGACAAAUACCGGACAGGGUAGUAAAAGUGUGUGGAAUUGACCUUGUUUGGGCUGUUGACAUAUCCUGCUCAAUCCACCCAGAUAAUAAAGAGAAGGUGAAGAAGUUCAUCAAUAAAGCGGUAAGAAGCAUUCCAGUCCGGGCACAAUACUCCAGGGUGGGGGCGUUUACCUUUUCUGACAAGAUCUACAACGUAGCAUAUAUGAACCAAUACCUUCGACAAGGCCAGCUUAUGAAAGCUCUGGCAGCGAUGCGUCUAGAGCCAGACCAAUGUGCCACGAUGACGAAUGAAGCACUGAAGGCGGCCAGGGAAAUUUAUUUCAACGAGGAAUUUGGCGCAAGAAGUGGAAGACAAAAGGCACUAAUAGUAUUGUCUGAUGGGUUCACAUAUCCAAAAAAGUUCCAGGAGGAUACGUUUCAUCAAGCAAAACUUAACCACAAGAGGGGCAUACAAACGUUUGUGGUUGGCUUACCGAACGAUAAACUAGCUCAACAGAACGCAGGGGAUAAAAAUGCUGCAUUUGCAGGCAUGGUUGAAUGGAACGCCAUUGCUUCUAAACCUGAAAAUGUUAAAACAAUGCGAUCAUUCGAUGAACUAUUCGAUGUUGUUUCGGACAUAAUAAAAGCUGCAUGUUUUGAAUUAUGAAAUGAUUUCCAAAAGUAUACAGAUCCAACGUUUAAACAAUUCAGAUUCUCUUUUAAUUUUGCAAUUGUAAAAGCCUUCUAGGAAAACUCAAAAACAGUAAAAUGAGCUCUGUAUCAACAUUCACAGAAUAUGUCAAUAUUUGUAAACCCCCGCAAGAGUGACGCAUUAUUAUGAAAAAAUGUCUUUCCAUGACAUCAGAAAACCCAAUUACUUUUACACGAGAGAGGAUUAAAUAAAACUCGAAUCCGAAAGUAAGUUAUUGUUUCGUCCACCAUCGGACGCGGAUUUAUUAAAUGGAUAUAUAAGUUAAUUAUCGAAACAUUGAACUCUUUACAUAGG